AUGACAACUAGAGAAAUCAAAAAUCGUUUACCAAUAUCGGAAAGUGAACCGUCUGGUAUGGACUGCUUUGGAGAUGAUCGAGAAGGAAUGAACGAUUUUGCCAAAUAUUAUAACAAUACCCAUCUGAGUGACAUCAAUAUCAUUGUUGGAGAUGAUACUUAUCCAGCUCAUAAGCUUAUAUUGGCUAAAAGCAGUGAUGUGUUCGAUCGAAUGCUUAGUGAUCGGUGGAAUGGAGACAAGAAGGACCUGGAGAUAGUUGAAGAUGUAGCAUGUGAGACAGUUUUCAAUGCCUUUCUUCGUUUCCUCUAUUGUAACCAUGUUGUGUUACAUCAAGAGAACUGCCUUCCUCUGCUCAUCUUAGCUGAUAAGUACAACAUAGUUAAUCUGAAAACAGUUUGUAUCAAGUAUGCUAUGAAUGAGAUCUUGCCCCAAUUGCCAUUAAGAGAACUCUUUGAUGUUUGGUUCUCCUAUGCUUCGAAAGCUUUCCAUACUAACCUUAUAAGAGCUUGUAUAUUGUCAAUCGCCAAAGAAUUUGAAACGUUGUUAACAGAAGAAUGGGAUAAAAGCUGGUUGAAUCUUCACAGAGAUCAACUUAUGGAGAUUCUUCGAUCGAAUCAAAUCGUUGUGACAAAUGAAUAUAAAAUUUGGGAAGGAGUCAAUCGAUGGCUCCAAGCUCCAAAUCACCCUGAACGUCGUGGGCCAACGGCUUCUCCUUUCAUGGCCCAGUUGCUUCCUUUGAUCAGGUUCGCUUUUAUGACGGCUGAUGAACUAUCGCAAGUUGAACGAAGUCCUGUUGCCGAGAAUUAUCCGAAACUCUUUCAUCCGAUCAUCCUGUUAGCCUACAAGUGGCAAGCUUUACCUCUCUCAAGUCGUGCCAGCCAAAAAGAGUUUUCAUCCAAUCAUUUUGUUCUUCGAAAAUAUACGGACACCCGAUGGGACAAGCUUCUGUCUGUUUCCAUCCAGCAGCUGUAUGUAAAUGGGAUCGAUCAUGCUUUCAUAUUUUCGACCCGUUCAUGCACUUUCCCCUUACAAACGUGGAAGUGGACAGUGAAAAUAUGUGGUUCUUCCUACAAUCCUCAAGAUAAUGCAUUCCAAGCUUUUCUGGUAGCUGAAGAUAUUGACUCGCCAAGAUCGGUGGAGUACAUGAUUUCGCUGGUUGACGAGAAGAAAGUGUUGAAGUCCUGUGUUGGAAAGAAAAACUUCACCAAGACCAGAUACUCAGCUGAAAUUGAUUUUGAUAAACGUGUAGAGAUCGGUGACCUGUUAGCCGAAGAUUCAUCAUAUGUUGUGGAUGGAAAGCUUCAUCUCCAACUUGUCAUCAAGCCGAUUGAAUAA